AUGAAACAGUCGAUCAAGGAAGAUGGAAACCAACUUGGCAAGGAACGCCUUGCUACACCAUACACUUUCCACGGCCUGCCUCGACUUGUUGGCCUUUCUAGAGCUUCAGGCAAGCUAAAUCCUACCAUGACAGUAACACUCACAAUCAGGGCAACUGAUGCAUCUCCCAAACUCCAAACCCAUAUAUCAACUACCCAAGCCCAACGGCAUCACCACUUCAUCUUUUCCGCCAUCUCUCCGUUAAAUGAAGAAAAUAUGUCUAGAAAUCAGCAACACCUUCUCCGGCCGGUCCUAUCCUGCCGGGAAAUAGCAGCACAGUUGUCAAGGCCGAUUCAUUAUAGAAAGCGUGUGUUGCCAUUGUUUGAUACGGUGAAACGCGUUGGCAUUGAAGUUGACGGAGUUGAGAAGCUAGGAGAGAUCGGUCCUGCUUGA